AUGCUGUUUGUGGAUUUCAGUUCCACCUUCAACACCAUCAUCCCAGCACUGCUACAGGGCAAGCUUUCCAAGCGCAGCUGCAUCCUUUCACUUCUGCUCUUCUGCCUGUACACCUUCAACUACAACUACACCUUCAGUCACCAGUCCGUCAAGCCCCUGAAGUUUGCGGAUGACACCACUGGGUUCAUCUCUGGUGGGAUGAGUUUGCCUACAGGUGGGAGAUUGACCAUCUGGGGGCAGAGGUUCCACCAUGAUGAGUCGGCGCAGCCAGAAAUACUCUGCAGAAGAAGGGCACGUGCCUCCUUACAGGAUGUGUUGAGUCCAGCCUGGUACCUGUCUGUGCUUCUUGUGUUCAAUACAGCAGUCACAAGAAAUCGCUGGGCCAGAAAGUUGAUGCUGCCUUCACUUCCUCCUGGUCUCCAUCGUCCCGUUUCAGCAGAGCCUCAACUCCUUCCCAUCAUGUCCCUGUAUCCCUCAACGCUCCUGCUGAGUCUUCACCUCCUCUGCCUGCUGCUGCUCCUCGCUGACUCCUCCACGGUAGCUAGAAAGGACCUAGUUUCGCCCGACGCCGUACCCCAGCUCACAACGCAAGCUAACUGCUCCACUGGAUGUGAUGAUGGUGUUGUCGCUGGAAAUGCUCAAGUUAACAGUUCAUCAGACCAACCUGCAGAAGGAAUGCAUUUAUUCACAGCCUCACCAUCCAAUCAGCUUCCAGAGACAGUCACAAGGCCUGCCGCCACAAGCUCGCCCACACAGGCUGCUCAUACUGGAUCCAUUAUCAGCACUGGUGCUAUUACAUCCACAACUGCAGAGCCUGUUAGGAAUGUACCCACAGUCCCUGUACUAGUGACUUCUACAACCACAUCUACGACCACGGCCACAGCCACACCACCACCACCAUCUACAACCACAACACCAAUGGCUACAACAACAACCAAAACAUCACCGAUAUCAGCAACAUCCACAACAACAACCACAACAACACCUACAACAACAACACCUACAACAACACCUACAACAACACCUACAACAACACCUACAACAACACCUACAACCACAACCACAACAACAACCACAACAACAACCACAACAACACCUACAACAACACCUACAACAACACCUACAACAACACCUACAACAACACCUACAACAACAACAGCAAAAGCAGCACCACAUUCUGCAACAACUGUGAAAACGACCACACUUACAAGAGGGAACACAACUGUUGCCAUCACUACUACCACAGGUACAAAGUCACCUCUACCACCACCAUCAUCAUCUGCUGCCACGCCACAGCCAAAUAUAAGUACUGGGAUGCACCCAAUUCAAACCUUCUCUUUACCCACAAGGCCUGCUACCAUAACUGUUACCAGUACCAUUACUUCCGCCAAUCACAAUGAGCCAGCUGUCUCGGGUACAAGGGUUGCCAUGGUAGAAGUAGCGGGGGCUGCUCUGACCAGGCAGCUGGUGGACACAGCGUCUUUACUGGCUGUCCUGCUCUUUGGGCUUCUCUUCUUCUUGGUCACGGUGGCUGUAUUCGUCACACAGGCCUACGAGAGCUACAGGAGGAAGGACUACACCCAGGUGGACUACCUGAUCAACGGCAUGUAUGCCGACUCUGGGGUGUGAGGGGACAGGGGGGCACAACUCAUGGAGAUAGUUGUUGGAGUCAGAGACUGUAAAAUGGAAGGUGGGCUGGAUGGUAGAACGGUGGUGCUGUGAAUUCACAGGGUGAAGGUCAGUUUAGUUAAUUUCUACUUGUACCUGAACUAACAGUGAGCAGUUCUCACCGACCAGACUCUGUUCUGAUCUGUUUCUAUCAUAACAGUCCCACUUAAUGCUUUGGGCUUCCAUGCUUCUCCUCCUUUGAUGGUUUGAAUGUGAAGUUUGCCUUGUCCCAUUUUUGCCAAAUGUUGAGCAAUAUAAAUAGAGAUUUCCUGGAUGUAACUCCAAUUCUUUGGUCCUCUAACAGGUUGGCUAUUGGCCCAUAAUUUCCCCCACAUUGCUGGUCAGUCCAGUUGUAGUUGGUUUUAGGGUGGCUGGACCAAUCAUCAUGCUUCCAAGGUGACAGAAAUCUCAACCGAUGCUCUUGUCAGUUGAGGUUUCAUUUCCAGGAGAGCUGUUUUGUUUGUUAGACUGAAAAAAGACAUGUUUUUUGGGGUUGUCUUGUGUUAUUGAUUUUUUUUUUUUGAAUUUUUUUUAUAUUCUCUGGCUGUCUGUUACUGUCUCUUAUCAGAUGAACUUAGUCACAUAGAAGUCUAGUGGUCAUUAAGGACUAGGACUGUAAGUUUUUCAAAAUGUCACCACAUAAGUUGAUUUGUAUGCAACCAUAUAGCGUAAGACAUUUCCCCUAUGUUCAAAUAAAUGUUCAAAUUUUGAGUAAAAAGGAAGAGCCCUUUAAAGGACCAAAGCAUAUUUGUGAAUAGUAUGACCCAGAUGUGACUUUCAGUUUUUAGUAAAUAACAAAAUUACUAAACAUGUAAAUGCAAUAACAGUAAAUUCAUUAUAAAUGUCUUAGUCAACUUAGACCCUAAUGUCCAAUUAGUUGACUGUUUGACUAACAAGGAACAGCUCUUAUAUUAGAACGUCUAAAACACAUCACAUCACAUUGGAAAUGAACCAAGAUGUGUAUAAUGAAACAUUCCCACAUAUGUGGGGAAGAAGCACAUCAAUAGGGAUGAGUGAUAAUUGAGGAUGAUGAGUAUGAUCAUUUAUCAACUCUCAGUCAUACGAGUAUAUGAUCGUUUGUGUUAUAGUUUUUCAAAAUGGUUUGUCCAAAUUUAAUUAAAAACUAACAAAUAGUCUUCCUUAAGAUUUUGUUUUGCACAUUUUAAUAAUUUUGUCUGAUGUAAUACAUAACAGUGGAGCACUAUUAAUAGUUGUCAUCAGUUCAAUAAUUUUACAUAUAACUUACAUGGCCGUAACAAUUGGCCAUAUGGGAAACUCCUUAAUGAUACUGUGAUCUUGAUGUCAACUAUAUUGCCCAGCCAUACACUUUUUCAUUACAUUUCCACCUCUGUCAAAUAUUUUCACUUCCAGUAAGGCAAAGGUCACAAUGAUUGAUUGUUCAGCUGAUGCUAGCUUAAAGAUAUAUUGUCAUUUUGUUGCAGUGUUCAACAUCAAACCCAGACCACUGCUGAUAUUUUGAAAGUGGUCAUAGUGAAGUUGUCCUCACCUUGCUGUAGUGAUAUAGAAGUGUAUUUUAGGGUGUGUCAGGAUGCUGUGACAUCACUGUUGCCUGUAGUUACAGGAAACCACAGCCCAAGCAAACACAGGUAUUCAGGUGUUCACACAGGUUGUUUUUUGUGCAAUGAGGAAUUAUUAGCAGAGCAAGAUUUUCUGGUGCAACCUCACCUACUUCCAAGGUGCACAGAGAAGGGGAAGAAAGUAGGGCUGGGCAAUACAACAACAAUAAUGAUAAUUAUCGCAAUAUCAUUUUCCUCAAUAACAAUAAAGCAAAUGUUCAAUAUAUCGUCAAUGAAUGAUUAUGAUGAUAAAUUAUUUAAUUAUUUUGAAUGAAAACCUAAUCACUGAAUUUGUCUAUUAAGAUAUUUAUUUUGUUGAGGAAAAGGGACUGAAAAAGAUUUACUAAUCAAAUUUUUUGAAAGAAUUUUUUCAUAAUUGUUUUAAAUGUUCCUCUGCCUCAGAUUUGUGAAGUGAUCCACUGUUUGGCAUCAAGUGUUUGUUCUGACCAUGAAGAAAAGUUUAAAACCACAAUUAACCAUCUGGUUUCUUCAACUAGCAAAAAUCAGCCUUUCAACCUGAAAGAAAUAAUGAUUUGACAUUUAUCCUGAUAAUUAUAGAUAUAGAAUGAUUGAAAUGUUUUUAUCGUGAUAACAUUUUUGGCCAUAUUGCCCAUUUUGAGGCCAACCCCUUUUGGCCUGUGGCUGUCAGGAUCAUUUGGACUUUGACCUCCAAACAAAGUGGUUUAGAGAAACUGUAAUUAUUACUGAUACCCAAAACUACAAAAAUAAGCGGUGUGUGUGUAUAAACAGUUGAAUAAUCCUUCAGAUGUCCUGUCCGAUGAAACACCAGUCCAUCAGUAGCAGUGGUGUGCCAUGAAAAAGAUCUGACCUGGGUGACUUCCGUACUUGAAUCAAAAGUAAAUGAGUGGGUAGAAAAAAUGGACUAUUCCACAGAUGUAUGAUUUCUCAGAAAGCUAUUUCACACAGGUACUCCUACCAGUGGAAGUUGUAUUUCCAUCGCUCUGCAAUGCGUUUCCCCAGAUGAUGUUCAUGCUUAGCUAUGACAUUAAAGAAGGAGGUCAGGCGGACAGAUUUAAAAAAAACUGCCCCAUUCAGUUCACACUGAGAAGGAAUAAGAUCCAUCCCAGUUACAUUAUGUCUAGUGCUUUUGAAGAUCUUAAUGAUUUCAGGCAGUAGUAAGGUCUGAUUCAUGUGCACAUGCAUUUGUUCAACACAUCUCUUCCUUCAUUACUUUAUGAAACAUUUUGGGAAAUAGGCUUGCUUGCUCUAGAACCCACGGUUACAGUACACAACAAAAUGCUUUUAAGUUCAUCAUCUGCAUGGUCCUGGUUUUUUGCCUAUCUUGGUACAAAGCUGGGCAGUAGCUAGUGUGGAGGAAUAUUUUUCAAGAAAGCUUCACUUUUCACUGCACAGGUUCAUGAAGUCUCUUCUAAAGACUACUAUGCCAGUGUAAUAUCUCUCUCUGUAUUUGGUCAAUUUAAUUCACAUCAAAGGCUAUCUUCCUGGAUGAGUAGUUCAUCCAUCAUCUCUUGUAAAAUAGAAACCAGGUUUCAACAACAGGUCCAGUUCAAACUGUGGCUUCUGAGGUUACAGUAGAUGAAGAGACUACUUACCCCAUUUGUUCCAUUUAACACAGGUUUAAAAAUCAUCUUAAACCUUAAACCACAGCUAAGCUGAGGUUAACAAUGUCUGUUAACAUUUUUAGCGUGUAGACACAAAGACACAGAUGUGGUUAUAGCUUUGCCCAGUACAAAUAUAAAGCAGAUUUGAGGGAGCUAGGCUAGCACUUUCCCCUGUAACACAUCCUGGCCCUCUUUCUUACUAGAGAUACAGUCUCUGUACAUCUGAUCUUCUCAUCUAACUGUGGUUAACUGCAAACAAGAAUAUUCCAUAUUCCAGGUUGUUUCUCUAAAAUUUAAUUUCAAUGUCUUAUGAUAUCACUUUCAUUACGUUCCAUUAGCUUUCAUUGAUGCCAAUGACAAUGAGAGCUGUUUCAUGUUUUUGCACACAUGUCCUGCAGUGAAUCAUGGGGACAUGGCCAUAUUAGAUUGUUUAUUUAAAUAUAUUUUAUAUUUUUGUUCACGUGGAUGUAUUUUUGAAUGCUUAGCUAUUUUUUAUAUAUUGGAUUCUUUAUUAAACCACUGUUUAUCCCUGUUCAUGACCAACCUGUGGGUUAUAUUUAGUCCACAUUCCUAAACAGAUUUGUCAUGUAGCUUAAUGUGUCCCUCACUGUACAUAUUCUCAUAUUUUUGAGAUGUUAAAUAUUUCACUGAUGUACAUGAAUCUUAAGCCAUUCAAAAAGUAUUAUAUUAUUAUAAUUAUGGGUUUUUUCAUAAUGAGAUAAAGCUCCCAAUAGGUUUUCCAUGAUUAUGAUUAAAAUACUGUAGCUCGUGAGAAAGAAUGUAAGAUGAAUGCACAGGUAACUAUUGUCUAAAAGUUUGAAUUUCACAGUGUUACAGUUAUGAACAGCAAUGAUUAUGGUUCUACUAGACUAGUUGUCCUUAACAGUUUUUAUCUCCAGUCCUGGUACAACAAUGUUCUCCAUGGUUUUGCAAUAUGUUUGGAGUGUGUAAGAACAAAAACAUGAGACAAGCUAAAUGCUACAGAGUGAAUUGCUGUUGCCUUUUCUGUUUUACUGUAUCUUGACCAGUUUGUAUUACUUUUCCUCUGAGGGAUUCAGGGUUGAUAUCACCAAAUAAUCACUGAAGCACAUUAUUGUAUGAUAAAGCCAAGGGAAACACAAAGCCAUUGUCAAUAUGUGACUAAGUGUAAGGACGACAUGACUUGUACUCCUCAACAUGAAGGUGAAUCUGAAAGCUCACACAGCAGAAGAUGACUUCAACGGACAAAGUCAUGUUUGUGUUAUUGUGUGUUUCUUCUGUUAAUUUUCCAUAUCUUCUCUAUCUUGAUGUCAUGCCAUAACUGAUUUGUUGUUUCCUCAACUCUUUUUUUUUUUUCUUGUUUUAUCUCUGUCACAGUUUUCUCUUGAAUAUCAAGUUACUUAAUAAGAUUUUUAUCCCGUUAUCUCAGGAACAGAGUCUUGAUCUUGAUAUCCAGAAAAGAAGCUUUUGUAUACACAUGAAUAAAUGUCUUUAUUCCAUUACCUUGAGGAAACAAGAUGAUUUGAAAACAGCCUUUUGUUUUCUCAUGAGAAUUUUACUUUUAUUCCAUGAAAAUAAGAUCCCGUUAUCCCGUUACAGUAAGAAAAUGGGAUCUUCUUUUCAGUUAUCUAUUAAAAAAAUGACCCUGGUUUCUCAUUUUAAAGAUCUUUUCCUGUUAUCCUGAGAAAAUAAAAUAUUUAUCCACUAUCAUGACAAAACUAGAUAUUUAUCAUGUUAUCUUCAGAAAACGUUUUUUGUUGUUAUUUUGAAUAACAAAAUAAGUUGUCGUUAUGAAAAACUGACAUAGUUAUCCUAAGAUCAUCAACUAAUGAUGUCAGUAACGUGAUUAUAAAAUGAAUUGCAACCAUGGCUACUCCUGGCUUUUAUACGUGGAUGUAAUUAUUUUUAUGUUUUAUUUUCUCAUGAUCACUGACUAAUUUUAAUAAUCUCAGCAUGACAAAUUUUGUUUUCUUGCUAUAUAAAAUAAUUAUUCAUGUUGUCAGCGUCAAAUCAUCUUCAAAUCAUUAGAUAAAACAUUCAAGAUCCAGACAUUAGGUAAUGGCUGCCUUAUGUCUGGUAUUUAGAGAUGAUUACCAUGCUGGACUCUUAUGUCUUGUUGAGUAAUGAUCACCAGAAAACCAUUUGGAUUUUCCUGAGAUCACAAAAUAUGAUUCAGCGAUCAUUGGAAACAAAAUCUAAGACUUCUCUAGCCUCCUGUAAGAUUGGCUUCAGGUCUACAGUGAUGGCAGAAAUCUGUCUUCUGACUAUUAAGAUGUAGUAUAUACUGUACCAAAUUGUUCUGGAUGAUGUCACUAUGUCACUGAGCAUUUUCAAGAUGGAUUUGUGUUUGCAAUGACAGAUAUGCAGAAUAUCAAGAAAAGACACCUGCCAUGUGCCAACCCAACAUUGUAUGAAUGCAUUUUGAAAAGAUAUUUUUACUUGCAGCGAAUAAAUAAAGAAAAAACAAACUGA